GCGGCGGGGCUGCGGGAGCCGAGCCCAGGUGCGGUAACGCGGCUCCGGCAUCUCCCCCCGGGCCGCCGCGACGGGAGCCCGGCCGGUGUUUUCCGCCGCCCCGCCGCGGGGCUGCGGUGCCGAGGGGCGCGCCGGGUGCGGGCUGAGGCGCCCUCCGCGCUCCUGAGGGCUGGGGCGCGUUCCGGGUCCCUCACAGCUGCGGGAGCCGCUCCUGGGGCCGCGCCGGGCUGUGCCCUGUGGCGGCCGGGGUCACUGCAGUGUGCUUGGAGGCACUCGGGUUGUGCUUCUCUGCUUGUCAAGCGACACACCCCCAAUAAACUGCCUGCUAGAAGUAAUAAACCCAGCGCGCGGUGGACUUAAAAAGAAGCUGUCACCUUGUAAUGGAAGAGAGUGGAGCUGACCAUGAUACUGCUAUGGAAGGAUCUAAUGAUUUGUUCAUAGGCAGCUGUAAUGGUACAGGAGAGUCAGAAACAAAUGAUCAGGUAUUUCAGAAGUUGCUGCUCAAAGUACAUUUUACUGUUUUUCCCCUGUGAAAGCAACUGACGUGCAUGGAUUCCAGGGAUCUGUUGUUUGGCCAGAGCGACUCUCCCCCAGCCCUGCCCAUCGCAGUGUCCCUCCCGGGCAGUCCUCCGGCAUCGGCUGUGCCGGCGCGGCCGCCCCAGCCACGGUCCCGCUCUGCCGAGGAGUUCCACCUGGCCGAGCAGCCCAGGCAGCCCCUGUGUGAGCUGCAGCCGCUGCGAGGGCCCGGUGCACCCAUGAUGAUUGUUGCCAGCCAGUCAGAAAAUGGACAGGUGCUGCAUGUCAUUCCUUCUGCCCAGCCAGGAGUGACUCAAGUGAUUAUUCCUCCAGGUCAGCUUCUGGAUGUGACCAGCACGCAGGAUGUUUCAGAAGAGAAGUGUGGUGAUGGGAACCUGCAGACUGUGGUGGUGGCUUCCAUAGCAGACAGUGCCAGCAGUUACAUUCUACAUCCACAGGCAUCUCUCACCCUAUCAAAAAAAGCAACCACCAGGGUAGUGGAAGAUUCUUUUCCAAUCCCUCUUCAGCCAUUGCCACUAAAUACGCCUGCAUGGGCACGCCGUCUCAGGAACUGUGAGAGAAUUGGGGACUCGUACCGCGGCUAUUGUGUGAGCGAGGCAGAGUUAGAGAGCGUGCUCACGCUCCACAAGCAGCAGACACAGAGCGUGUGGGGCACGCGCCAGUCUCCAAGCCCAGCCAAACCCGCCACACGGUUGAUGUGGAAAUCUCAGUAUGUCCCAUAUGAUGGGAUCCCCUUUGUCAAUGCAGGAAGCAGAGCCAUUGUAAUGGAGUGCCAAUAUGGGCCAAGGAGGAAAGGAUUCCAGCCUAAAAAAGCUGGUGAGCAGGAAAGCACCUCUAGCCAGCUGUACAAAGCCACUUGUCCAGCAAGGAUCUAUAUUAAAAAGGUCCAAAAGUUUCCAGAAUACAGGGUUCCUACUGACCCUAAAAUUGACAAGAAAAUCAUAAGAAUGGAGCAGGAGAAAGCAUUCAACAUGCUGAAGAAGAACUUGAUAGAUGCUGGUGGUGUUCUCAGGUGGUAUGUACAGUUACCUACUCAGCAAGCCCACCAGUAUCAUGAAAUGGAAACUUCCUGCCUCCCUCCUUCACCAUCCCAUCUUUCUCUGUCUUCUCCUGAGGAGGAGGAGGAAGUCAUUAGAGAUGAAAACAGUACUCUGCCUUCUCGACUUCAUCCUCAAGUGGCAGACAAGAUCCGAGAGCUGGUGUCUCAGGGGGUAGAGCAGGUCUAUGCAGUGAGGAAGCAACUAAGAAAGUAUGUGGAAAGAGAAUUGUUCACACCUGAUGAAGUGCCAGAAAGACAUAACCUGUCCUUCUUCCCCACUGUGAAUGACAUCAAGAACCACAUUCAUGAAGUGCAGAAGUCCCUAAGGAAUGGAGAGAUGGUGUAUAAUUCAGAAAGUAUCCCAGCAACGCUGCAGUGGACCACAGACAGUGGGAAUGUCCUCACAGAAACAGUGACUGUUGCGUUUGCCUCACCACCUUCAGAUGGGAGCUCAGGAGUGGAGUCAGUCAUCACCAAAGCAGAAUCCAUCCAGAGCGGGGAGUCCUUGAUACCAGAAACAGCUCAGCUGUUGUCUUCACUCUCUUCACUCCAGCCCAAGAUAUUUGCACAGCUUCAGGGAUUACAGCUGCAGACAGCAUUUACCUCGACAAAUGGAUCAACAGCCCUGCUAGCUGUAAAUAACCAUUCCCCUCCCAGCCCUGCAGGUCUCCUGGAUUCCCUGGGGGGUGCACUAGGCAGCCAUUCUCUAGCACUGAGUCAGGGGCACAGUCUGCAAGCAGGUGCUGGCCUAACACAGGACAGUGCUGCUGCGCCUGCUUUUGGGGCUCUGUCUGGCUCUGAUCAGAGUCUGGUUGCCAUGGGCCAGCUGGUACCAGCUGAAGGGGUGGAUGACUCCAGAAGCCUGGAAGGAGGAGUGCAGCAGAUUCUCCUGGGAGAUGUGCAGACUAUUCCAGUACGGAUUGUGGACAGCCAGCCAGCACUUAGAUCACUUACCUCCGAGAGUACUCCAGAUAACUGUCAAGAGACCAGAGCAGAGAACCGAAGAGGAGGACAAGUUUGCAAAAAACUGCUUGCAGGAGAUAAAAAGCCCUCAAAGUUACAACUGAAGAUUGCAAUUUCUUAUGGCUGAAAUGGCUCACUUUAGAUGUGCACUGGUUAUCUUCUGAAUGCAAACUGGUCUGAUAACGCCAUGGUUUUGGCUGUUGACAAAGCUGUUAUCACAUCUGGCGUGUUCUGUACGUGGAAAGACAUGGAGGAAGUGGGAACCUUCUUGACCUGACUUCUGCUGAGAACAGAUGAUCUGUGGAAAGAGGGCUUUACCAGUUUAAAAUCAAUAUCCUCACAAUAAUUUCUUGGGUGUACAGCUUUUUCAUGUCGGGGGCUAGAGCAUCUCUAGCUUUGCACAUAAUACAAGACGUAAAAUUACCUCAGUGGCCUAGCCAUAUAUUUGUUGUCUCCUACCACUGUACUCCUUGCUUUUGGGAGUGGGAAAAUAGUUUUAACGUGUUCUGAUUUUCCACUUUUCUGCCUUUCUCUUGUUGCCUCUUUCUCAUACCCGGAGCAGCACAGAAAAAAAUUUCUCAUUUUAAAAAAUUUCUCUAUCCUCAGUUUCCCAUGUUUUGAGGUUUCCUUUUUGCUUUAUGUCCUGGAGUUUGAUCUCUUACAUGAUUGAAAUGUAAGAUAUCAUUGCAUUUUGCUUGAGGAGUGGGAAAUACUGGGGUGAGCUCCACUGCCCCCUUCACUCCGGAAGUCCUGAUGGGAAGCACCUGCCACAGGUUCUGCUCCUGCAUCUCCACACAGGUCAGCACAAAUGCAGAGCUGUGCUGAUGACAGCAGUGUCUGUGUGCACCAGCACCUUAUCAGUACAAAGUUAUUGCUGUGAGUCCAGAUCAGUCUGUGGGUCUGCCCCACUGUGUCCCCACAAAUGACUCUUUGGGCACACCUUGAAAGAGAGCACAGGAGAUGGCCAGGAAGUUCUUGAUGCUCAACUUUGAGUUUGUGCUUCUGUAUUGAGUUCAGGUGCCCUGGUGUGGGUGGCCCCGUGCAGGACACAGCUGGCUCCAGGCAGCUCUGCAAUGGACCCACCACAGGACACAGCUGAGCAUGUCAGUGAAGCUGGGGCACCUCUGGGUGUCUGUAAGAAAGGGAAAAUGCUGCAUGGCAGAGAGGAACAAAGAAGAAGGUGAAGCAGCUCCCUCAGCACCAAGGUCAGAGAAGAAGGAGAGGGAGGAAUUGCUUCAGGUGCCGGAGCAGAUGUUUUCCUUGCAGACCACAGAGGAUUACAUGCCAGAGCAGGUGCAGAUUUUUCUGGAGGAACUGCAAUCCAUGGAGAGGAGCCAUGCCAGAACAGGCUUCUGCUGAAGGACUGCAGCCUGUGGAGAGGACCCAUGAUGGAACAACAGGAAGAAGCUGUUACAGACUGACUGCAAUGCCCAUAUUCCUCUUUGCCUUGUGCUGCCUUGGACAAGGGGAGACAGAGAAGCUGGGGGUUCAAAGUGUGAAGUUGAGUCUGAGGAAAGAGGGCAGCAGGGAGGGAAUGUGCUGUUUAAAUUUGCUUUUGUUUCUCAGUGAUUUAAUCCAUUUUAAUUGGCAAUAAAUUAAAUUAACUUUUCUCACAUUGAUUCAAGUAUUGAAAUUUACAUCUGCGUGCAAGUCAUGGUGGAAAAUCCUGAUGUCCAUUUGAUCACUGCCAAGUCACUAUUGCCUUGAAUUUUUUAAGUAAUCAGAUUUUUAUUUCUAAGAAUUCAUUCUGUGUGAAGGAAGUAGUGUGCCUUGUCUGAAUCGGGAAUUGCAUUUCUGGAUGUAUUCUGGUUAGGCCUUUCAAGUUCAGCAUACUCACUUCACUAGAGUAGAUCUCAGGUGGAGAAUUAACUCAGGAACAUGUCUAAUCCCUUACAUUUCAGCUAGAAAAGAAUACCAGCCAUAUUUUUACAGGUUUGAGCAUGGGAGAGGCAUUCUGAGGAGAGGAUGCUGCAGCAGUAGAUUCUACUUUAGCUACUUCAGUAAGCUGUUCUUACAGGUGCUAAGGGUGUGGCAUCUCCCCAGUGUUAUGUCUAGCAGUGCUUCAGAAUGGGGUAAAGUUCGUGGUGAGUGGCAUCUUUGGUGAACCUGCUGUUAACUUUCAGAAAAGAAAUAAGCAGAGUUUGGAAAUGAGAUUUAUAUUCUUGUGCUUUCCAGAGAUUAUUUUCCUGAAUAACAAGGUAACUUCCUUUAAAGGGUAAGUUUUAUAGGUAUGUUCUUACACCACCUUUGGAAAAUACUUGUCACUGGACACAAAGGGUAUCUACACAGGGUACUAGGUGACGUGACACACUUACAGGUUUAUAAUGGGGGCACUGGAAUAUAAAAUUGAUGGAUAGCUUCCUAAUAUUAGCUAAACUAUUCUUUUCAUCCUCUCUCUUCACAUUUCACUAUAAAGGGAAGAGUCUCUGUUAAAAGGAACAUGGUAAAUUUUUAGUUGUCCAUAAAACUGUUUAUGAACAGUUGGAUGAAAAGAACUUCUUUGAUAAUGAAUUGGAUGAGCUUUGGAAAAAAUUGUGAUGUCAUUGUAACUUCAAGUAUUUUCUUCUAAUUGUAUACACUCACUAUUGAUUAUUGUCUUACUGUUUAUUUGCUGUAUAAUUUAUUUGUUAAGCUUUUCUGCCCAUGUUAGGGCCAUAGAAGUAAUACAUAUUGCAAUUCUCUUUUCUUUUGAAGUUUUAUAAAAGGGAAAAGAAUUCUUCUUUUUUUUUUAGCCACCUGCUGCUCUGGAAAAGUCCAUGAUUAUCCAUGUUCCAUAGCUACCAAAAAUAUUUUGUGCUGAAGUACUCCAUAAACUUGAGAUUUUGUCUUUUGAUCAGGCAAAGUAAAUUUGACAUCUUAAAAAAAAAAAAAAA